AUGACACUGGGGGAAGAUCCCCCCACCCUGGUCCCGACUACAUGCUAUGUUGCUCCACCCACCACAACUCCUGGUGACCAAGGGCCAGACUCUCAGGGUCCCACAGUAGUGCUACCAUGUUAUUUCAGUGUUGAUUCAGGGACACUGGAUUUUCGCCAUCUUGUGGUUUUGUGGCAAUCUAAGGAAAAACAAGUGGCAAAGUUUGCUGACAACAUUCUUUUUAACAGCAGAAGGGCAUGGCUUUCUGUGGAUGAGCUGAGGAAAGGAAAUGCUUCCCUGGUACUUACCAAUGUUUCACCAGCAGAUGCAGGGGAUUAUACAUGUGAUGUCCAAUACUUGUCAGACACAAAACCAAGAGUCACCGUCUCUCUAAAUGCAGAAGAUGUUGCCCCACCCACUAUCACUCCUGGCUCCCAUGGGGCAGACUCUCAGGGCCCCACAGUAGUGCUACCAUGUUAUUUCAGUGUUGAUUCAGGGACAUGGGAUUUUCGCCAUCUUAUGGUUUUGUGGCAAUCUAAGGAAAAACAAGUGGCAAAGUUUGCUGACAACAUUCUUUUUAACAGCAGAAGGGCAUGGCUUUCUGUGGAUGAGCUGAGGAAAGGAAAUGCUUCCCUGGUACUUACCAGUGUUUUACCAGCAGAUGCAGGGGAUUAUACAUGUGAUGUCCAAUACUUGUCAGACACAAAACCAAGAGUCACCGUCUCUCUGAAUGCAGAAGACAUUGCCCCAUCAAGCACCAUACCUGGUACCAAUGUAACUGUGGGACACACACUGCUGCUGCCUUGUUAUUUUUCUGUUGACUCUGGGACACCUGACUUGCACCAUCUCGUAGUGGAGUGGGAAUUUAAUAAAACUCCUCUGGUUAGCUUUACUGAUAAUAUUCUUUUUAACACCAGAAGGGCAUGGCUUUUUGCGGAUGAACUCAGGAAAGGAAAUGCUUCCCUGGUACUCACCAGUGUUUCACCAGCAGAUAAAGGUGAUUAUACAUGUAAUGUCAGAGAUCUCUCGGGCAAGAAACCAAAAGUGACAGUCUCUCUAACCUCUGAAGAUGUUGCCCCACCCACCACCACUCCUGACUCCCAAGGGGCAGACUAUCAGGGCCCCACAGUAGUGCUGCCGUGUUAUUUCAGUGUCGACUCAGGGACUGUGGAUUUGGACCAUCUUGUGGUUUUGUGGCAAUCUAAGGAAAAACAAGUGGCAAAGUUUGCAGACAACAUCCUUUUUAACAGCAGAAGAGCAUGGCUUUCUGUGGAUGAGCUGAGGAAAGGAAAUGCUUCCCUGGUACUUACCGAUGUUUCACCAGGGGAUGGAGGGGAUUAUACAUGUGAUGUCAAAUACUUAUCAGACACUAAACCAAGAGUCACUGUCUCUCUAAACGCAGAAGAUAUUGCCCCAUCAAGCACCAUACCUGGUACCAAUGUAACUGUGGGACACACAGUGCUGCUGCCUUGUUAUUUUUCUGUUGACUCUGGGACACCUAACUUGCACCAUCUCGUAGUGGAGUGGGAAUUUAAUAAAACUCCUCUAGCUAGAUUUACUGAUAACAUUCUAUUUAACAGCAGAAGGGCAUGGCUUUUUGCAGAUGAACUCAGGAAAGGAAAUGCUUCCCUGGUACUCACCAAUGUAUCGCCAGCAGAUAAAGGUGAUUAUACAUGUAAUAUCAGAGAUCUCUUGGGCAAGAAACCAAAAGUGACAGUCUCUCUAACCUCUGAAGAUCUUUCUCCACCAAGCACAACACCGGAUUCCAAAGGGGCAGACCACCAUGGACACGCAGUGCUACUUCCAUGUUACUUCAGUGUUGACUCUGAGACAGUGAACUUGAAUCAACUUGUAGUGCAGUGGCAACAUGGGGAAAAUGAUAUAGCCAAGUUUAUGAACAACAACCUGUUUAUCAAAAGAAGAGCAUGGCUUUCUGUGGAUGGGCUGAAAAAAGGGAAUGCUUCCUUAUUACUAUUCGAUGUUUCACCAGCAGACACGGGAGAUUAUACAUGUGAUGUCAAUUACAUCUCAGAUACCAAACCAAAAGUCACAGUCAGUUUAAACAAAGAUGAUGUUUCCCCACCACGCACAACACCUGGAAUAGAUGAUACACAUCAGCAUGGACAUACAGUGCUGCUUCCAUGUUACUUCAGGUUUGACUCUGCGACAGCGGACCUGAACCAUCUUGUGGUGCAAUGGGAAUCCCAAGGAAAUCCUGUAGCCAAAUUUUCUAAAAACAGCCUGUUUAUCAAAAGAAGGGCAUGGCUUUCUGUAGAUGAGUUGAAGAAAGGGAAUGCAUCUCUGGUUCUCACCAAUGUUUCACCGGCAGAUGAAGGCGAUUAUACAUGUGAUGUCAAGUAUUUGUCAGACACAAAAUCAAGAAUGGAUAUUGCAUUAAGAACUGAAGAUGGUAAACCAGAAACUUUUAUACGUGGUCCCUCAGUUCGUGACAGAGAGAGAUCAACAGUGUUGCUGCCAUGUUACUUCACGAUCGAAUCUGGCACAAUGGAUUUCAGUCAUCUUGUGGUAGAAUGGGAAUUCCAGGGAUAUCAUGUGGCCAGAUUUGAGAACAAAAUUAUGUACAAAAGCAUCGCAGCAAGUCUUUCAGAGGAUGAGCUGAGGAAAGGGAAUGCCUCCCUCACACUUACCAGUGUUUCACCUAAAGAUGAAGGCGAUUAUAUCUGUGAUGUUACUUACCUUUCAGACACCAAGGCAAAAGUGAUCGUCACUUUAAAUGUGGAUGCUAUAGACUGUGGCACAUUACCCGAUAUAAACAAUGGCAACGCUGAGUACAUAAAUGGCACUGGAUUCGGAUCUGUAGUUUACUUCCACUGCAAUGAAGGGUACAAAUUAAUUGGAAGUAAUUACAGAACUUGUCUGACUGCUGAAUGGGAUCAACAAAGUCCACAGUGUAUUCGUAUGAGGUGUGAAAAACCGUCAUCAAUACCAGAUGGAGAAUAUGAACUGGAAGAAACUGUUAAUUCACAGACUGUUGCAAUCUACAGAUGUACCAAAGGUUUUCUUAUUGGAGAAGGCAAGCUUCAAUGUACUAAUACAGGCAUUUGGAAAGGAAAUUUACCUUCCUGCAGAGAUAUAAUAUGUGGAGGGCCCCCUUUAGUUCCACAUGGGGCAUAUGAACUUAAAUUCAAAACAAGUGAGGGAGAUGCAGAAUCUGAAAUAGUUGCCACAUACACGUGCGACAAGGGCCAUAUUGUUGGACACGACACUCUGGUUUGUACCAGCUCAGGAACAUGGAGUGAACCUAAACCUUCUUGCAAAGUUGAAUGUGAUGAGCCUCCAACUCUGGAAAAUGCUUACAUAUAUGUUGGUGGAAGAAUUACAUUUCCCAUAGGAACCAAACUGACUUACAGAUGUAGGCCUGGUUAUACUGGGCUUCAAAGUAUUAUUAGUUGUCAUAAAACUGCAAAGUGGACAAGACCCCGGAGUACUUGCAAACCAAGGAGCUGUGGUUCUCUGGAAGAUUUGCCUAAUGGAAGAAUAGAAUUUGAAGGUGGCAUCACAUUUGGAGCAGUUGCUCGAUUUUAUUGUGAUGACGGGUAUAACCUCAUUGGAAGAAGUUACAGAACAUGUCUGGCUGAUGGAUGGGAUUAUCAGAAUCCUUCUUGUGAGGCUCUCACAUGUGAUGAACCUCCAUCUAUAAAAGAUGGGACACAUGACCUGUACUUUAAUGGAGGAGACAUACAAUUGGGGCAGGUUGUCACCUACAAGUGUCAGAAAGGCAAACUUGUUGGAGAAAAAUCUAUUUUCUGUACAAGCAAAGGAACUUGGAGUGGAGACCCCCCUAAAUGUAUAGUCAGCAAAUGUCCUAACAUAGAUGUACAGCAUGGGAGGAAGACAAGCAAUUUUGGGCCAAACUAUGAGUAUGGCGAUUUGGUUACAUAUGACUGUAAACGCGGAUACAAUUUGCGUGGAAGUUCCCAAAUCAAGUGUGAAGAAAAUGACAUCUGGACUCCAGCUCCACCCACUUGUGAAAUUAAGGAUUGUGGUCCUUUGCCAGCCAUAAUGAACGGAAGGAUUACUUAUAAAACUGGAACCACUUUUGGAUCUUCUGCUUUAUUCAACUGUGAUAUUGGGUACAAGAUACAUGGAAGUUAUUACAGAAAAUGUGAUGAUGAUGGAUGGGAUUCCACAAAUCCAAUAUGUGAAGAAGUUUCAUGCAAAGAACCUCAUGUGGAAAAUGGAAUCAAGAUAUCUGAUAAUGCUUCAGUUUACUACUACGAUGACAAGAUCACCUUUGAGUGUAAGCCACGGUUUGAAAUGAAAGGCAAACCCACUAUCCGUUGUAACGAACGAGGAGAGUGGUCUCCUGAAACACCAAAAUGCACUGUUAAAUCUGAGCUCUGUAUUGCAGUAGAAGAGAGAAAGAAGUUUUACCAGUGUGGCAUGAGCUGGGACAAGUGGACAUCUUUCUUGGCACAGGAGAAGCUUUACCUGGAAAUACGCAAACUGAAGUUGCUUGAAAAACGAUAUUCUAAGAUUGCAGUCAUGAAGAAAUAUAUAAGUGACAUGUCUAAAAAGUAUGUAAACGAGAUAUAAGAUCUCAGUGGAAUAGAACACAUUUAGAAGCACUACAGAAUAAGUAAUUUAAGGCAGUGUGACAUAGUAGUUAAUCAGCGGUAAGUUAUCUGGAUGGACUCCCAUUGCUCUCCUGUGGACACAGUGCAAUUCAUAACAAGCCAUUUCACAAGACUUGUGGGUCAUUCAUAAAAAAAGAAGCUGCACUUAAUUUUUAAAUUGUUAAAGCAAAAUUAUAUUCUGUUUGUAUUUCACCUUUUUUUUUUUAGUUAAAGACAGCUGAAAGAAAACAAAAUCUGUUGUAUUGUGUUUUUGAGAUCAGUAUUGUGUUUUUGAGAUCAGUGUUGUUUAUAUCUGUCUACUGGACGUCUGUGGUCCAUUUUUGACAUCACAUGACAUCUCAUUGAAAUGGACUGCAAUGCAGAGAGAUUACUUAUAAAUGGGAACAAAAGACAAUUACAUUAAUUCAGGGGUGAUACUAAUGUAUUGGACAAUAUCUACAUCUAUUGGGCAUCACACAAAUACUUCAUAUCAAACAGCGUGUUCUGCAUUUUUCCAAAAAGUAGCCGGUAUCAUGUAAAACCUACAUUAUCCUUUGCCACUACAGAGGCAGUGUCACACUACAUCUACCUGCAAACAGACAUCAAACAUGUUUAUGGUGUGCACUGAA